AUGUCGACUGCUCCGAGAACUGUCAAUGCAUUCGCCGCCUUUGACAGCACAGGCGAGUGCAAGCCGUGGCAGUACCAGACCCGUCCACUUGGUGACGAGGACGUCGAAAUUAAGAUUUCUCACUGCGGUAUCUGCGGCACGGAUCUUCACACCAUCGACGGCGGUUGGGGGCCAGCCCCGUACCCUUGCGUUGCUGGGCAUGAGAUCGUUGGAGAAGUGACUCUGGCUGGCUCGAGCGUGAAAAACCUGGUCGUAGGAGACCGUGUCGGUGUUGGCGCCCAAGUGUGGGCAUGCUUGAACCGCGAUCCCAAUGACAAGUGCCGUGACUGCGGAGAUGGUGAGGAUGCUGUGUGCGACCAGGGUGUCUGGACCUACAACGGCACUUACAAGGACGGUGCCAAGUCAUACGGCGGGUACGCUGACUACGUGCGUGUCGACAGCAACUACGCUUUCAAGAUCCCCGACGCAAUCCCUUCCGAUGUUGCUGCACCUCUCCUUUGUGCUGGUGCAACCGUUUUCACCCCGUUGAAGCAGGAGGGUGUGAAGGCGGGAGACCGUGUUGGCGUCGUUGGUAUUGGUGGCCUUGGCCACAUCGCUAUUCAGUUCAUUCGUGCACUGGGCGCCACUCCUGUUGCUUUCUCCCGCUCUGCAAGCAAGGAGAAGGAAAUCCUGUCGUUGGGUGCCAAGGAGUUCAACAAUCUCACCGACCCGGAGCAGCAAAAGAAGGCAGCUGGAAGUGUUGAUUUCUUGGUGCUAACUGCCGACGCCAACAAUAUGCCGUACGACCUGUACAUGAGCCUGGUUCGCAAGCGGGGUACGCUCAUCAUGGUUGGUGUUCCGAACGACCAGGUGAAGAUUACACCAUGGUUCUUGGUUCCUCGUGCUGUGCGAGUGCGAGGCAGUGCUAUCGGUAGUAUCCAGGAUAUCAAGGACACUUGCGGCGAAGAAAAACGUUCGCCCGAUCAUCCAAAACUUGCCGAUGGCAAAGCUGAACGAGGGGCUCGAUAUGUCCAACCAAUUCGGGAAGAGCAACUGCCAGCUAUGGCGCCCCCCAACGUCGACAGCAUGUUCACGCUCAAGGUGGACAACGUCCCCUUCCAGAUCGGGAGCGACGAACUGCGCGACCUUUUCUCCAAGUUUGGUGAGAUCGGCGACGUCUACAUCCCUCGCGCGCGCGGCUCCAACGAGUCGCGCGGCUUUGCCUUCGUGCGCUUUAUUGAGAAGCGCGAUGCUGAGGACGCAAUCGACGGCAUGGAAGGACAGGAGUUCCAGGGCCGAGACUUGCGCGUGCAGUUCGCCAAGCAGCGCCGCCCUGACAACCCGCGGGAAUUUUACUCGCGUGGCGGAGGUGGCGGCAACGGCGGUGAUCGUUACGGCGGCGGUGACCGCUAUGGAGGAGGCGGAGGCGACCGCUACGGAGGAGGCGGAGACCGCAAAGACAGCCGCCGCUACGAUGAUCGCCGGGACGACCGCAGCUACGACGAUCGUCGCGAAGACCGUUCGCGCCGCCGCUCUCGCUCUCCGGACCGCCGUGACCGUGACCGUGGCAGCGCAGGACGCGACCGCAGCCGUUCGCCCCGCCAACGCAGCCGCUCACCGCGCCGCAGUGCGUCGCCGCCGCGUCGUGACUAA